UACCUUUUCGUGCUGCCAGUGGCUCUUGUAACGGCGGCGACUCCACAUAACUCUCUCAAAUGUGCUCGGAAAUUGACAACCUUACCUUUGUUCAUGUACUACGAAACUCCAGAGAAGCGUCAGAAUAGGUCUUAAGUCCCCUGCUCUGCCAGAAUGGUCUAGCAUCUCGCAUUUGCUGCUGCUCACUCCACUUCAGGUGACAUACAAGAGGCACUCUUCUUCGUCAAUCCCCCCCUACAGAGCAGCCAUGUCGGUUCGGCGUUCAAUAGGACUGUGGUUGUGCUCCUCCCUGGUUGGUCUUCUCGCUGGCCUCGGCUUGGCUCAGGAGGAGAACCAAGACGUCGUCCGAUUCGAACCUGCAGACUUGGUUCACGUCAUAGAAGGAACGGUUCAUGAAGUCACGUGGUCUACUCUCUUGCCUGACGUCAGCAGGGUCACGGCGUCAGUGGAGGACCAGAUGGUGGCGGAGGUGGUUGGCGUGAGCGACGUGACCCGCAGCGCCCCUGGCGGUAACGCCACGCACUACGGUUCGCUCAACGUGUCCGCCCUUUUUAUAGGCUACAACAAAGUGCGCGUCACGCUCUUUGAUCGGCAGGAUGUUGUGGUGGGCGAGGGGACGCUGGGCAUGUCGGUCCUGCUCUCGUACCAGAAUAUAAACGACAUUUUCACGCUGGCCAUCGGCAUCCUGGUUGCGGUCGUCUACAUCAACAUGGGCGCCACCAUGGACUUGGCGAUCGUCAAAAACAUCGGCAAGAAACCCAUCGGUCCUCUGCUGGGCAUCGUCUGCCAGUACCUGUUCAUGCCACUGAUCGCCUUCGGGCUGGGCAAACUCGCCUUCCCGGGGAACGUGUUGGCGCAGCUGGGGAUGUUCCUGACGGGGUGCUCUCCCGGAGGAGGACUCUCGAACAUGUGGACGUACCUGCUGGGGGGCUCCCUCGACCUCUCGAUCCUCAUGACAUUCACUUCCACCGUCUUCGCCUUCGCCACGCUCCCUCUGUGGGUAUUCCUGAUGGGUCCUGUGAUCCUGGGAGAAGCAGAAUUCGCCAUUCCUUACAAGGACAUCGCCGUGUUAGUGGUCAGCCUGUCCGUUCCCUGCUGCAUCGGCAUCCUCAUUCAGCGUUUUCUGCCAAGGGUGGCGAAGGUGCUGGAGUGGCUGUUGACGCCCAUGUCCAUUUUCAACGUCAUCUUCAUCUUCACCUUCGGCGUUUACGCGAAUCUCUACGUCUUCAGCUUCUUCGACUUGAGGACACUGCUCGCCGGCUUCGGACUCCCGACCAUCGGCUACCUGAGUGGCCUCCUGAUGGCCAAGCUGUUCCGGCUGCCCAUUCAGGACGUGAUUGCCAUCAGCAUCGAGACCGGGGUUCAGAAUGCCAGCGUGGCCGUCUUCAUCCUCAAGUUCACCCUCGAGAAGCCCGCUGGAGACCUUACUGUCGUGUUCCCCGCUGCGUCGACGGUGAUGACCCCGCUGCCGCUCCUCCUCGUGCUCAUCGCUCAGAAAAUCUAUUCCUGUACAGCCAAGUCAAAGUCGGCGGAUAUAGCUCCUUUAGAGGGGAAGGCUGGCUUGGAAAACAAGAAGAGUAAUAAAAAUACCGAAAAAGGAGACAGCACACAGAAGGAAAUGAAGAAGCAGUCUGAAGGAGGGAUUGAUAAUCCAGCUGUGCAGUUGCAGGAUGAAGCUGUGUAGCAAGAAAAUCGUUUUGCGCUAAUAUGGACGGGUACUUGUGUACGUGUUGGUGUGUGCACAUUCGUGUGUACGCGUGGUAUUAUUAAAAUGAGCCUUUAUCUGUGA